CGCGUGGCAUCGACGGAAACGGCCGUUGAUCGCCGAGAGCGCGUUCGCUCGCUCGUUCACUCCGGUGCGGCAACUCAACAGUUGCAUGUCGGAUUUUGUGCCGUGCGCGCUGUAGUUUCCUCGUCCCGGCUGCCUGACUGCUCUUUCGCACGGUGGCAGCGUUCUCGAGCUAAAACUCGGGAUGGAGAACCAGCAGGUGUGGGUCCGGGACCCUCAAGAGGGUUUCAUAAUCGGGAAAUUCGCGGACAUGGUGGACGGGGACGCCCUGAUCGUGCCCCUCGAUCCGAAAUAUCCGCAGCGCACCUGUCCGCUGGACGAAGUGUAUCCUGCCGGCGAAUACACCAAAGAUGUCGAGGAUAAUUGCGCCCUCAUGUACCUGAAUGAGGCCACGCUGCUGAACAAUAUACGCACUCGUUAUUUCAAGGACAGGAUAUACACUUACGUCGCUAACAUUUUGAUAGCCGUGAAUCCGUACUACGAGGUGAAGGACCUCUACUCGCCGCGGACUAUCAAGUCUUAUCAAGGGAAAUCCUUGGGUGAAACGCCGCCGCAUGUCUUCGCCAUCGGCGAUAAAGCGUUCAGAGACAUGAAAGUGUUGAAACAGUCCCAAAGCAUUAUCGUAUCCGGCGAAUCGGGAGCUGGCAAGACAGAGUCGACCAAGUAUCUUUUGCGAUAUCUCUGCGACCUCUGGGGCUCGACUGCCGGCCCGAUAGAACAGAAGAUCCUCGAUGCGAAUCCGGUGCUGGAGGCGUUCGGUAACGCGAAAACGAAGCGCAACAACAACAGCUCGCGCUUUGGAAAAUUUAUGGAGGUGCAUUUCGACUCCAAGUGUCAAGUGGUCGGUGGCUACAUCUCUCACUACUUGCUGGAAAAAUCUAGGGUAUGCCUACAAAGCCCGGACGAGCGCAACUACCAUGUGUUUUACAUGAUGUGCGCGGGCGCGCCGGCCGAUUUGCGCGCAAAGCUGGGAAUCACCAAGCCGGACGACUUCCAUUACCUAAGGAACGGCUGCACCCAAUAUUUUUGCAACGAGAAGUCGGAGAAACGACUGAACGAGGCGCAAAAGAGCCGCGAGCAGCUACGGAAGGGCAGCCUUCACGAUCCAAUCUUGGACGACGUCGAUGGCUUCAACGCUAUUGAUCAGGCCUUCACCCGACUCGGUUUAACGGAUGCCGAACGCAUGGAGAUCUACACGAUGGUAGCAGCGGUGCUUCACCUCGGCAACAUCACGUUCGAAGAUAAUCCGGAGGACACCAAGGGCGGUUGCAGGAUAACUGCCGGCUCGGAAAAGGCGGUAGCGAUAUCCGCGAAAUUACUGGGAGUGGAUCCCGAGGAACUUCGACAGGCUCUGGUCUCGAAGGUGAUGCAGACUAGUCGGGGUGGCAUCAAAGGAACGGUUAUUAUGGUGCCGUUGAAAGUCUACGAGGCUAAUAACGCCAGGGACGCUCUAGCAAAGGCAAUUUAUAGCAAACUAUUUGAUCACAUCGUCGCGCGGAUUAACAAGAGUAUACCUUUCAAGGCUUCAAGUUACUACAUCGGCGUGUUGGAUAUUGCGGGAUUCGAAUAUUUCAAAGUCAACAGCUUCGAGCAGUUUUGCAUAAACUAUUGCAAUGAGAAGCUGCAGCAGUUCUUUAACGAGCGGAUCUUAAAGUACGAGCAGGAACUUUAUGCUCGAGAGUCCUUAAACGUCCCGAAAAUCUCCUAUGUCGAUAAUCAGGAUUGUAUCGAUUUAAUCGAAUCGAAAAAUACGGGUAUCUUCAGCCUGCUGGAUGAGGAAUCAAAACUGCCGACUCAUAGUUUCGCGCAUUUCACCAACGAGGUCCAUCGUGCGUGGAGCGGUCAUUUCCGCAUCACUUUACCACGAACGUCACGAUUGAAGGCUCAUCGAGAAUUACGAGACGACGAGGGCUUCGUAAUUCGUCAUUAUGCCGGUGGUGUUUGCUAUCAAACGAAUCAAUUUAUCGAGAAGAACAACGACGCGUUGCACGCUUCUCUGGAGGCGCUCAUUCAAGAGAGCGGUAGUAAAUUCCUCAGGACGCAGUUCGCCAAUCAUUCAUUGCAAAAGGGCAAGCUGAAUUUUAUCAGUGUCGGUAGUAAAUUCAAAACGCAGUUAGGCGAACUUAUGGACAAACUAAAGAGCAACGGAACGAAUUUCAUAAGGUGCAUCAAACCGAACAGCGAUAUGGUGGCGCAUCAAUUUGACGGGAACAGUAUUAUGAAUCAACUCCGCUGCUCGGGAAUGACGUCGGUUCUGGAACUGAUGGAACACGGCUAUCCCAGCCGAGUGCCGUUCCACGAGCUCUACAAUAUGUACAAGACUUACCUACCACCGGAACUGGCCAAACUUGAUCCCAGAUUCUUCUGCGAGGCGCUGCUUCAUAGUCUAAAGUUAAAUCAGAAGGACUUCAAAUUCGGCAUUACGCGGGUCUUUUUCAAGCCGGGCAAAUUCGCCGAGUUCGACCGGAUCAUGAAGUCCGAUCCGGAGAAUCUGCGCAGGCUGGUCGCCAACGUGAAAAAGUGGCUGCUGAAGUCGCGCUGGAAUAAAGUGCAGUUUUGCGCGCUGUCGGUGAUCAAACUGAAGAACAAGAUCAUCUAUCGGCGGCAACACUUGAUCGUCCUGCAAAAAACGGCUAGGAUGUAUAUCGCGAAGAAGCAACAUCGGCCGCGCAUUCGCGGUAUCGUGAAAAUCAAGAAUCUGCGGAAGCAACUGACGCGAAUGGAGGAGACCGCGGGUCAAUUAAAGAAUCGAGAGAGAUCGACACAGGAGUUGAAGAGGCUGGACGAUGACCUUGAAGCGGCCAUACGCAAGAUCAAAAACAAUCCGAGAAUCACGCCAGCGGAAAUUGACGGUCUCUACACGUCUCUGGUAAACCAGAUGAACAGGCAGAUGGCCUCCCUGCAAGAUAUGGUGAAGCAGCAGAAGAUUGCCGAGGAACAGGCGAGAUUGAAGAAGAUCCAACAGGAACUUGAGCUCGAGAAGAAACGUAAGGAAGAGGAGGAACGGAGAAAGAGAGGAGAAGAGGAAAAUAGGAGAAAGAAAUUCGAUAUGGAAGCCAGAAGGAAAAUCGAAGAGGAGCAGAGGAGGAAACAGGAGGAAGAGGAUCAGAAGGCGGCGGUUGCUCUUCAGGCGCAAUUGGAAAAGGAGGCCAUGGAGGAGACUCGAUAUCGAGAAUUGCUCGAGCAAGAAAGAAGAGACCACGAACUGGCAGUCAGACUUGCUCAAGAAUCCAAUGGACAAGUGGAGGAUUCACCACCGCCUGCACGAAGCGGCUCCGACGUACGAGUAUCUACGAACAACAACAGACUAAUAAGAUCGGAACAGGUGCGUAACCAGCAAGCGGCUAUGAGCAAUAAGAAGUACGACCUGUCAAAGUGGAAGUACUCAGAGCUGAGAGACGCAAUCAAUACGUCCUGCGACAUCGAAUUAUUAGAGGCUUGCCGUCACGAGUUCCAUCGUAGACUGAAGGUUUAUCAUGCCUGGAAGGCGAGGAAUCGCAGGCGAACGACCAUGGACGAAAAUGAACGGGCGCCAAAAUCCAUUAUGGAAGAAGCUGCGAAAACACCGAGGACGACGAUGAAGCAGCAAAUAGUCGAAUCAUCGCAGAGAUACUUCCGGAUCCCCUUCGUCCGUUCGUCCGCGGCGGGCCAGCAGGAUAACACGCACAGCAGCGGCAAAAGGGGCUGGUGGUACGCGCAUUUCGACGGACAAUACGUGGCACGGCAGAUGGAACUCCAUCCUGAUAAACCGCCUAUACUUCUCGUGGCAGGCAUCGACGAUAUGCAGAUGUGCGAGUUGAGUCUGGACGAGACCGGAUUAACGCGGAAACGCGGCGCCGAAGUCUUGGAACACGAAUUCAAUCGCGAAUGGGAGAAGUACGGCGGUAAACCGUACAUUCCACCGUGCGAUCGCAAAAAGUGAUGGAAUCCGUUCUUCGUGCGCGAGAAAAAGUAUACGUCAUCGUAAAGUAACGCGGAAAUUUCGUAGCAAAUUACGUAUUUUUACGUGGCCCCUUGCGUCCAGUUAUGUAAAAUGCGAUUCUUCCAUUUCGCCUUGCGAAAUGUGUCUCGUGCACGGAUCACGCAUACACACACGUGUCCGCAAUUCAUAAAUUACAUUGCACUUGCGUGUUGUCGAAUUUUCAUCGAUAUAAAUAUUGCUUGUUUGUCAGAAUCUAGCUUCUACCGGUUUUAAGUUAUCCAGUUCUAUCGGUUCUGGAUUUAUCAACCGAUCAGUAUUUCAAUAAUAAAUGCGUUUAUAAUAAAGUUAUCAUGUAUAAAAUCGGAUUGUGAUGUGAUGACUUUUUAAGAAAGAACGCGUAAAGGAUUAUAUAUUAUCGUGUGAAUUAUUUUUUUUCCAGAGUGUUUAUGUUUCUAAUUUACAAGUAUGUAUAGGAUACGAGAUGUAGUUCCUUGUAUUAGGCUUGUGCGUCGUUUUCGAGUUACACGCAGAUGUAAGCUUAUUAUUUAUAAGAUUAUGUAGUAAUAUUUAUCGCAUAAGUCGCGUUUCGAAUAAUGAUUAAUAAAAAGAAUGCAAAUAAACGAA